AUGGACGGUGCAUACUCAUCUCUGCUCCGCAAUGCGGCCAAGCACUCUACAAGAAUCACCGACACGACCAUAGCGGCUGCUGCAAGAGUUUCAGAUCGUGAGAGUUUCUUGCAGGUGUUGAGAGCGACCGAAGCCAAUAUCCGAAUUACUCAAGAUGUUCUUGUUGCUGCUGCUAGCAAUAACAACAACGAUGGGACACAGGUCAUGUGGCUUUUACUACAAGAGUCUAUGAACGCGGAUGAAGUCGGCACCGAAAUCCUCGAGAAAGUUUUGCAGGGUGACAAGUGGGGCAUCAUGUCCGUUAUACUCGAACGGCGUGGUUCGACGAUUCGCCUAAGUAAGGAUCUCCUGCAGAGUUGGAUUGCUAGUGAGCGUACUUGCCGGAAAGCGUUGAAAUUUCUGUUGCAGUACAAAGCAACCGAGGUUGACAGCAUCUUGGAGGUCAUGUCUGCGGAUGAGCGGGCAGAGUUUGUGGAACGCCGGGACAGACUGUUCGAGCGCUUUGAGCGAGACUCUUGGGACGACAUAUUCAAAAGGCGAGUUAAAUAG